UGAAGGAACCUUACAAAGCAUUCCGUGAUAUUUUCUGCAGAUGCCGCGUGAGUCCUCGGCCCCGACUUUUCCAGGCGUGCAAGCGGAAAAUUCAUCACGAGCCGUGUUACCUGAUAGGCUUCUCAUCGGAUAGAUGAAUUUAAGGGAAGAGAACCUCGUGUCAUUUGGAGCUUUUUGGCUGGAAAUGACAUCGUCAGCACGUGUGGCACCGCUUGCAGAGCGGGGCUGCAUUCUACAUGAUGUGUAUCUACUUCACAUAUGCAUCAAAGUGCCAAGUUGAACAGCUUUCACUCACAAGGCAGACAAAAUAAGACGCAAAGCGCACGCAAAGAGUUGUUUUUUUUUAAUGGUGGUGCGCGCACUGCUGAAGGAGAGGUUGGUGCAAGAGGACAGGAAAGAGGAAAGAGGAAAGAGGAAAGAGGGCGGUCAAAGCAGCUUCUGUUUCACUUCCAGCCACAGCUUUUCUCCUGCGCGACCGUGUGUCCAUGCUGGACGCCCCCUCCUCGCUUGGAAGCCCGCUUCGGUGAUGCCAUGCCACGGAACCACAGCGGAGAUGAAAGCGGCACCGGGCUCUGGAUGAGGACCUCGCCGGGCCACCGCACCGAAUGCGUGAAGGAUGUCGAGUCCGGGCGGAAGAUGAUGAUGAACAACGACGGCUUGCUGUCAGCCUCGAACGCCGUCGGUGCCGCCGGCGGCUCCGACUGCCUGCGAGGGAAGCAGGGAGCCCGGCUCAGCCUGCUGGGGAAGCCGCUCAUCUACAGCGCGCAAAGCGGCCGCAGGAACGUGCGCUACCGGCGGCUGCAGAACUACCUGUACAACGUGCUGGAGAGACCCAGAGCCUGGGCCUUCAUCUACCACGCCUUUGUGUUUAUCUUGGUCUUCAGCUGCCUGGUCCUCUCCGUGUUCUCCACCAUUCCAACUCACCAGGACUUCUCCUCCUACUGCCUUCUCAUUCUGGAGUUUGUCAUGAUUGUGGUGUUUGGGUUGGAGUACAUCAUCCGCAUCUGGUCAGCAGGAUGCUGCUGUCGCUACAGAGGAUGGCAAGGGCGACUCCGGUUUGCCAGAAAGCCUUUGUGCGUCAUCGACAUCAUCGUGCUGAUUGCAUCGGUGGCAGUGGUGUCGGCGGGCAGCCAGGGCAACAUCUUUGCCACUUCGGUCCUGCGUAGCCUUCGAUUCCUUCAGAUCUUGCGCAUGGUGCGCAUGGACCGCAGGGGGGGAACAUGGAAGCUGCUAGGGUCUGUGGUCUAUGCACACAGCAAGGAACUCGUGACUGCCUGGUACAUCGGUUUCUUGGUUCUCAUCUUCUCUUCAUUCCUCGUCUACCUUGUGGAGAAUAAGUUCAACAAGGAGUUUGCCACAUAUGCCGAUGCCUUGUGGUGGGGCACGAUCACCCUCACAACCAUCGGCUAUGGGGACAAGACACCAAAGACUUGGACAGGACGGAUGUUGUCUGCAGGGUUUGCGCUGCUGGGCAUCUCUUUCUUUGCCCUGCCAGCAGGUAUUCUGGGCUCAGGGUUUGCUCUGAAGGUCCAAGAGCAGCACAGACAGAAGCACUUUGAAAAGAGGAGAAACCCUGCAGCCUACCUCAUCCAGUGUGUCUGGCGUAGUUAUGCGGCUGAUGAGCACUCGGUGUCCAUCGCUACCUGGAAACUUCACUUGAAGGCCUUGCACACCUGCAGUCCCACAAGAAAAGAACAAGGAGAAACGACGACAAGCCAGAAGCUGAGUUUCAAAGAGCGGGUGAGGAUGGCGAGCCCGCGAGGCCAAAGCGUCAAGAACAGGCAGACAUCUUCAGUCAACGACCGCCGCUCUCCAGUGGCAGACCCCGGUGUAGACGGCACUAGCCCUGCUAAGGUACAGAAGAGCUGGAGCUUCAAUGACCGCACGCGUUUCAGACCCUCACUGCGCCUUAAAAGCCAGUCCAGAUCCACCACUGAUGCGGCAGACUCGAACGUGGCCGGCGAGGAUGGUUUUAAUGACAAGGGUUGUCACUGCGAGAUCUCAGUGGAAGACUUGCUGCCCUCUGUCAAGUCUGCCAUCAGGGCUGUCAGGAUCAUGAAGUUCCACGUAGCAAAGAAGAAGUUUAAGGAAACGUUGCGUCCGUAUGAUGUUAAAGAUGUGAUUGAGCAGUACUCCGCAGGACAUUUGGACAUGCUGUGUCGCAUUAAGAGUCUGCAGACCAGGCUGGACAUGAUUGUAGGCCCACAGCCCCUCAGCAGCCGAGCCAAGACCUUUUCCUCCCCCUCCCUGCCCCUCUAUUACGGCCAGGGCAGAAAGAACUCCAGCCAAGGGGUGGACCAAAUCCUUGGAAAGGGCCAGAUCCCUCUGGACAAGAAGAUCCGUGAGAAGUUACUGUCUGAGGGGGAUCUGCUGGAGGACAUGAGCAUGUUGGGGCGUGUUUGUAAAGUGGAGCGACAGGUCCAGUCCAUUGAGUCGAAGCUGGACUCCCUGCUGGACAUCUAUCGUCAGGUCCUGCACAAGGGCUCGUCCACAGCUCUCUCACUUUCAUCCUUUCCACUGUUUGAGCUGGAGCAGACGUCUGACUACCAGUCCUCCGUGUUCAACAAGGACCCAUCCUGCUUCAGCCAGAUCAGCAGCAGCGCAAUACCGCCGCCUGGUGGCUGCGUCACGCGUUCCUCUCCCAACCCCCAUCUGUCCCAGGGAGGACUCCAUCUCAUCUUAGCGACACCCAAUGAGCUCGACCUCUGUGCAUCCACCACGACACCUCCUUCUGGCCCUGCUUCCUCUCCUUUCAGCCCACCCACACUGCCUCAUGCCCAUCAUCUUUCCCACCCCCACCACUGCCUCCAGGACCAAUCCACCACACCCGGAAGUGGCAAUGAUGAAACAGUGGGGAGUUCUCCUCCCAUCCUCACACCAAACAGCAUCAGCAGCAGUGAGGGUGGAGGAGUAGCCGAUUCAGGGUUUUGUCUCCUGGCGAGGCUUCCCCCACCCCCUCCCCCAAGCAGGAAUGUAGGUUUCAGCAGCUUGAUGCGAGCACCCUCCAAUGAAACUCCGCCUGACAUUGAAGACUUUUGCAGAGGAUUGGGCAUGCAAGUAAAGGAGAGCAGCAUCGGGGAGGAACUUGGCCCAGACUUGGCGCUCGUCACACUGGGACAGCAGCUGCCAGGGAGCACCAACAGCAAUGGCGGCCUGAACGCCAAGGAGGAGGGCUCCUGGAGAAGGCAUAUGAGUCUUGAACUGGAGCCCUUGGUGCCGUCGGCCCCCCGCUGCUGCUCAGGCCCUAGUCAAGCGGAUCCCAACCUGGGAAAGUCUAUGUCAGUGCAGGACUUGAUGCAGACGGCCCCAAGCAGCAGCUCAUCUUCGAGCCGCAGUAUGACCAGUAACUCGCCCACGGGGUUCCGCAGAAGUUGCCAAGACCUCGGUGGGAGGAGUAGAAUGGGGGGAAACGGAAAAGCUGGUUGGGGGGAUGAAGGCCUUUUUAUCAGUGACAGGGAAAUGGAGAUGCAGGGAUUUGAUUUCCUGUCACAUGGGACAGCCGAGGCCGCCUCGUACUCCUCAGAACGCCUGAGAACAGAAGCCAAGUCAGCGGCAGGAUCACGGGCCUCCAACCACAGCCUGGCCACCCGUCACUCACCUUCGCCCGCUGCCGCCAGUACUGAAUUACUGAAAAUGCAGCGUGUACGCUUAAAAUAGCCUCUUUGGGAGCCAAGUAAAUUCCACCUCAUCCAAGGACGGCUUCUGUCACUCUGAAAUGGGAGUGUGGAGGCGUGAUAAUACGGGAGUGCUAUUCUUUUGCUGAUCCGUAUAUUUCAUACAGGCUGAUCACACAUGAACGUUGGCCGAGAAGCAUAAACAAAAUCACCAAAUUGAAAACAAAGGUACAUGUUGUGACCUCAGGGCAUUGAAUCCGUCACCACUGGACUGUUCAGGUUGUCUUAGAAGACCUUUUCACCUCUCAUUGUCAUUCUCACCUCGUCGCUGAGCGUGAACUGAUGAAGUCUGGUCGAAUGAGAGGCAAAACGUCUUCUAAAACAACCUGAUCAGUCCAGUUGUGAUGGAUGUAACGCCCCGAGAAUACAAGGAAUGACAAUAAUUAGAGGUACAUAUUCACAUGUGCACUUUUCCAAACUCACAAACACAUUUGGGAAAAACAACCUGCUUAAGUUGUCCCCUUUAUGUCGACAACCAGCCUGCGUCGACCAACUCAUCAAGUCCCGGUCCACCAUGUUGCUGUUAUUACGAAAAAGCACCUGCCUCUGCCGACCUUUGAUCCGUUUCAGAAACAAGUACAAUAAAUCAGAUGACUUUCAAGACUGAAUGUGAUGAUUGUUCUGCAUUCAUCUCCCGCUAUGGCAGCUAAUCCGACUAGGCUAAUAGAUUUUGUUGCACAUCUUACAACGAUUUUACUAAUAAGGGACCGGUUUAGUUUAGCAUCUGAAACAGCAGCUCAAAAUGGGUGGCUAGGAAGUCUACUAGGCUUCUGUCUCGUCUUUAGUCGGCCGCAGGACCCAUCAUCACCCCAUCAGUGGCAAGCAGCGCCCCAAAUUGCAGAAAAUGUUCAAGUCAAAUUACUCAAAUAUCUUAUAUUUAAUGAAAAGACGUUUGACUUUUGCAUAAGAUACUAAACAAUUUCUCUGACAUUCAACAUGAACAAAAUGCAUUCACGCAAAUGCACUAGCUUGAUGCUAGCAAUUAGCAUUAGAGAUUUGACAUAGCAAUUUCAAGCACCUCCAAAGAUGACAACUAAAACAGAUAACACAGAUAAAUGUUCCACUUAAACAGCUGAUAUGCAACAAGCAUAAAUACUUGACUUUCUAAGGCUCAACAAGAGACAGGCCUGUCGCAUUCAACCUCAGUUGACUACUAAAAAUAUUGGUCUCCUUGUAAGGCGGCUGGUUUGAAAUGGCACCACAGAGCAUUGCUGCCACCUAUGGGAGGAUUAAAAAACAACACCUGUCUGCAUGAAAAAUCAUGAAAGCACAAGAUCAGUGGUCAAUCCCUGGUCUAGUCUUUUAUUCUAUUGUUGUACUUAGAAAGGAACACGAAACAAAACCAUGCUGUUAACUACGCCCUUCAGAGAGCAACACGGAACCAGCUCUACAGGGGAUGAGCAUAGUCAAAGAUGCUGCAUGAAAUCAUGUAUAAUACAUAUGCGAGGGGAAGGGUGAUCUCCUCCUCCUGUGAGGGAGGGGGCAGUGAAGGACAGACUCAUAUGCCUAGACACCAUAGGGCAUUUGAAUCAGGUGAUAAGCAUGUGGACACGAGGGGCGGCUAGCAUCGAGCUGAUCAUCAUGGCAAGUGGAUAUUUGGGAGUUGCAUGAACGUGUUUUUCGUUAGGAAACAAAGACAUUUGAGCGCUAGUGUUUGUUUUAACUGGUUUGGCUCCAAACUUUGAGCAGCACAUCCAGAAGAUAAUCACUUCCUGGACUGAAUCCUUCCGUAAGUAAAAGUGUCUCACAGCAUUUACAUUUGGUUUCAGUUUUGUGUUUAUACUUCCACCUGUACAGUACACAGUAAUCCCUCACCACUUCAUGCUCUGAAUUUCAUGGCUUCACUCUAUCACGGUUUUUCAAAAAUAUAUGAAUAAAUCAUAAUUGCCUAAAUUGAGCAUUUUCAAGCAUAAAUGACCUAAAAUACAAAACACAUUCAGAAGAUGCAUUCAGAGAGGUUGUGAUGAUAUGUAGUGUUCUACACUGGUCACUAGGAGUCAGUCGUGUUUCGUUGAGGAGACAAUAGCCACCGCAGGAAGUACUGCACAGAACACAACAGUUAAAAAAAGAACAAGGAACUAGUCUGUUUUACGUUUUAUUUUGUUAUUAUGUCAACUAUAUUAGGUAAUAAGAGUGUAAAGGUGACUAUAGGGGUGUUAUUUCAUGUCUAGAGGGCUCUAAUUAUGUUAAAAAUAAAAAUGUAUGCAAUAAUGUUUUAUUAUGAAAUGAUACAGACAAAAGGUGAACAAUGAAAUUCAGGCAAAGGUGGUGUGAAACAGCAAAUGUCUACAUCACAAAUUUCUAUAUUUGGUUGUUUAGGCUUGCACCAAGUUUACAGUCUCCUGUUUCAAACCUGAUCUGCGUUGACGUGUUAAGUGUAGCGUGUUUGGGUUAUUACACUUGACAUCAUUGCGCAAUGUACACGUGAUGAUGUGAUCAUUUCCUAAUCCGUGUAUGUUGCUCCAACUCUCCUCUACCUUUUGCAUGGUACCGAAUCAGGUGCAUCCUGGAACGCCAGGACAAUGUUUCCUCUUCAUGGAAUAUUACAUUAAAAAGCACCUCAAUGAAGACCCAUAUCACAGACCAGAAUGUGUGAGCCAGCUUUUACAGGUGGCCCUCGGUUCCGUUCAGUGUUAAUUAAAAACUUAAUGUUGACCCGUAAACGCCAGACUCGCUGGAGAACUUGUUACAGGUGAAAGAAUGCAGCUUGACCCACACUGAGGAAGAAUAAAAGGCCUGCACACCACUGCUAGGAAUGGCACAGGUUAGUCACCCGAGGGCCACCUCUACUUGUCUGAAAGUGGAUUUCAAGUUUUGAAGGUAUUCUGCAUGAAGAGGCUGUCACAUCCAAAUGUUUUUGGGAGAAAGAAUGCCAAGCUAGGAAGAGAAAUGGGAACUAUUUGUGUUUGAUGUGAUGGCUUGAGUCGUGCCGUACAUACAGGAUAUUGGUGUCUUGCGUUUGUGGUGCAUCAUCAUUCAUCUCCAAAUCUGCUCUUUUCCAAACAGUUCACUAGAAUAUUAAAAAAAAAUGUUCAUUUUCAUUCCUUCUCUUGACUUGAGACGUCUUACAUUUUUUGUUGCUGUUUUUAACCCAAAGAUAAUUUUGGUAUCGGGUGUAAAACCUUAAUCAUGUUCUCCCCUUUAUUUAUUUAAUGCUUAUGCUAUCUUCAAUUUUGUACAUUUUCCUCAACCUCUUUUGUUUUAUUUCAUGAUCAUUUUGGCUGUUACAGCUUGGGGCAUGACUUUUUAGUAAAACGUUUGAAAAUGCAGUGUGUUAACUCACGCUCAACUAGUGAAAUUUUGCAACCUCUUGGCACCUUUGUGGCAAAAAUAUACGCGCACAAACCUUUUUCUUUUUUCAACUUUAGAGCUACCAAACAUUGCGUUAC